CAAACGCCUCACCCCGGCCCAGGGUUGGUGGUCUGCGCCUGCGCACUCCCGCGUGCGUCGGGGCUCCCAGGAGCCCCCGGGGCGUCCGGUCUGGAACCCGAGAUCCCAGCUGCGGCAGCGCAGUGUGCCUCUAUCCAUUAUCCCUUCUGUAUUACCUGUUUCAUCAGUGCACAGCACUAUCCAACCAGAUGCCAAGCCUCUUACCUCUGAGUAAUGGAAGGGCUUCUGAGAGCUGCACUUUUCUUACCCUUUAAAACCUGACAGUCCUAAAGACUCAGCCUGAAAUCUGGGAUGCUGCUUUGAUCCUCAACAAUAACUUCCAGUUCCUUUUUUGGUCACAUAACAGUUAUGUGCUGUGUCUUUUUCCAAAAGAGGAGUUCAGAGGACAACUGGUCCUUUUCUGCAAAUAUCAAAGCCAUGGCUCAGGAGUCAGUGAUGUUCAGUGAUGUGUCCAUAAACUUCUCUCAGGAAGAGUGGGAAUGCCUGAAUGAUGAUCAGAGAGAUUUAUACAGAGAUGUGAUGUUGGAGAAUUACAACAACCUGAUUUCAGUGGGACAUUCUAUUUCUAAACCAGAUGUGAUCUCCUUCUUGGAGCAGGGGAAGGAACCCUGGUUGGUUGACAGAGAAAUAACAGGAAGCCAAUAUCCAGUCCUGGGAUCAAGAUGUGAAACCAAGAAAUUAUUUCUGAAGAAGGAAAUUAAUGAAAUAGAAUCAGCCCAGUGGGAGAUAAUGGGAAGACUUACAAGACAUGACCUUCAGUGCUCUAGUUUCAGAGAUAAUUGGGAAUGUAAUGACCAGUUUGAGAAACAACAUGGCUCUCAGGAGGGAAAUUUUAAUCAACCAAUAUAUACCCAUGAAAGCAUGCCCACUUUUAAUCAGCAUCCAUCCUUUAUAUUACAGCAAAUCAUUCAUAAUAAAGAGAAAUACUGUGCCACUAAAGAAUAUAGGAAAACCUUUAGACAUGACUCACAGCUUACUACACAUCAGAUUAUUCAUACCAUUGAGAAACCCUAUGAAUGUAAAGAAUGUGGAAAGGCCUUCAGACAUCCCUCAAGACUCCGCCAUCAUCAGAAAAUUUAUACUGGCAAGAAACCCUUUGAAUGUCAAGAAUGUGGAAAAACCUUUAUUUAUGGCUCAGACCUUACUCGACAUCAGAGAAUUCACACUGGUGAGAAGCCCUAUGCAUGUAAAGAAUGUGGGAAGGCCUUUAGUAGUGGCUCGAACUUCACUAGACAUCAGAGAAUUCACACUGGUGAGAAGCCCUAUGAAUGUAAAGAAUGUGGGAAGGCCUUUAGUAGUGGCUCAAACUUUACUCAACAUCAGAGAAUUCACACAGGGGAGAAACCCUAUGAAUGUAAGGAAUGUGGCAAUGCCUUUAGUCAGAGUUCACAACUUAUUAAACAUCAGAGAAUCCAUACAGGUGAGAAACCCUAUGAAUGUAAGGAAUGUGAAAAGGCUUUUCGUUCUGGUUCAGACCUUACUCGACACCAGAGAAUUCAUACUGGUGAGAAACCCUAUGAAUGUAAGAUAUGUGGGAAAGCCUAUUCUCAGAGUUCACAACUUAUUAUUCAUCAGAGAAUUCAUACUGGUGAGAAACCCUAUGAAUACAGGGAAUGUGGAAAGACCUUUAAUUAUGGCUCACAACUUAUUCAACAUCAAAAUUUGUACUGGUGAAAAACCACAGAAUAUAUGAAUUGUGUGAAGGCUUUUAAUUAUAGCUCAAAACUAUUCAACAUCAGAGAAUUAAUCUUGAUAAUAGUCCUUCUAAAUAGGGUAAUGUAUAAACAUGUUAUUUGUUGACUACAGCUUAUUUAUCCCAAGAAAAAUGAAGGAAAAACAUCCCUAAGUAGAGUAGAUUUUGGAAGCUCUUUAAUAAAAUUUGUAUUUCUCUUGACAUCAGAUAAUUCAACCCAGCAUGUAUUGAAAAUGACAGAGCUUUUGACACCUUUAUAACCUUAAACAUCAGAGAUUUGUGCUGAAAUGUAAUCCUGUGAUUUUCAUAUUCCUCCCUAAUUUGUCUAUAGUUAUUAUAUUCUUGAUCUUAAUUCAUCUUAAAUUUAUAUGACUGUAAAGUCCGUCUGUUUAUGUCAUGGUUUGUAAAAUACCUUUAUUUUUAAAAUACCUUUAAUAGCAGAGAAGUGGCCUCUUUAUUUUUGAAGAUGACUUACAUUUUGCUUUUUACAAAAUUAAGGCUUUCUUAUUGUAAAAACAUCCACGAACAAUUUUGCAUUUAGUAAAUAGAGAUCCUUUAAUGGCUUCCUGGUGUUUCCUUGUGUUGCUCUAAUGCCAUUUUAUUAAGCCCCUAUUAAUAGACAUUAUCAUUUCUUCCAGAGUUUUUGCCAUCAUACACAGUGCCCUGAUGGACAUUAUCCCUUGGUAUAUAUUUUUAUCAUAUCUUUUAUUUAAUUGCAGAAAUAAUGCAUGAAUAUAUUUUCCUUAUAAAGAUUUAGCCCUAGCUCAUUUGGCCCAGUAGAUAGAGCAUUAGCCUGUGGACUGAAGAGUCUCAGGUUCAAUUCUGGACAAGGGCACAUGCCCAAGUUUUAGGCUCGAUCCUUGGUUGGGCGCGUGCAGGAGGUAACCAAUCAAUGAUUCCUUCUCAUCAUUGAUGUUUCUAUCUCUCCCUCUCUCUGAAAUCAAUAAAAAAUAUUUUUAUAAAGAUUUAAACAUUACAAAUAAGAACCUUCACCACUAUCCUUAUACCCAUUGUCCUUCCCAAAGGAUAGUUGUUAUCUGUUUAGUAUUUAUCCUUCCUGAGAAUUUUUCUAUUUUAUACAUGUAUAUCUCCAUAGAAAUUAUAAAAUGGGGAUAAUUGUAAUACCUACCUCAUAAUUUUGUGUAAGGGUCAAAUAAGACAAAGUGUUUAAAAGAAUGCAUGUCAUAAAUACUGACGUUAGUCAUUG